GCUUAGUUGGUGACAUCGUAAUUAUGAAAACUAUAGCUAUCUUUUUGGUGGUGGCGGCGGCGAUUGCCCAAGCCAAUGUCCUACCUUAUACAAGCGCUCAUGGAUAUUUGGAAAAUUCCAUCAAACUUGCAGAGCAAAUAAGGGAGAGAGAAGAAAGAUCCCUAAGCCAAAGAAUAGUAGGAGGUUCAUCCGCAGAAGAAGGCCAGUUUCCUUACCAGGCAGGUCUUCUCACUGAUAUGAUCGGGCUGCAAGGAAAUGGUGUAUGUGGCGGUUCACUGGUCAGUGCCAACAGGGUCGUUACUGCUGCUCACUGUUGGUUUGACGGCAUGCACCAGGCUUGGAGGGUUACCGUCAUAUUGGGAUCAACCCGCCUGUUUUCUGGUGGACAAAGAUUAGCUACCAGUGCAGUUGUCACUCAUCCCGGUUGGCAACCACCUUUGAUCCGACAUGAUGUCGCUAUAAUUUACCUGCCAAGCAACGCUGUAAUGUCAAACACAGUGGCCCCAAUAGCUCUGCCUUCAGGAGAUUUGCUCAAUCAAAACUUUGUUGGUGAAUUAGCUACUGCAUCUGGAUUUGGCUUGACGAGUGAUAACGCUAACAUCACUACUAACCAAUUCUUGAGCCACGUUAAUUUGAACGUGAUUUCCAACAACAUCUGCCGCUUUAGCUUCCCUCUCCUCAUUCAGGAGGACCAUAUUUGUACCAGUGGUCUUGGUGGUGUUGGUACUUGCAGAGGAGACUCUGGUGGUCCACUUGUUAUCUUCAGAAACAAUAGCCCGAUUCUGAUUGGCAUCACCUCAUUCGGCUCUCCUCUUGGUUGCGAGUCCAUCAUGCCGGCUGCUUACGCCAGAGUUACGGAAUACGUCGAUUUUAUAAAUCAGCAUCUUUAAACGAGCAAUCUUAUAAAAUUAAAUGAUAUUAUUGUCAAUACU